UUACCUCAGGCAGAGUACAAAACAAGGAUCCGAUACCUCUGCUGAGGACCACUGAGGGUAAAGACCUGAUAGAAGAUGGAGCAAAAGCUGAUCAUCUUUCGGAAUCUUUCCGGUCAGUUUUCACAAAGGAAAAGGCACGCGAUUAUCCUACCGACGACAACGACGUGGAUACAAUAGUCGAGACUGUCCAAUUCCCUGAGGAUGUUGUUCUUAAGGAUCUCUUAAGGUUAAAGGAAUCUAAGUCACCAGGUCCCGACGAGAUACUGGCCAAGAUUUUGAAGGAGCUUGCCAGUGAGUUGGCAAAACCACUCUCUACGCUCUUCCAAACAUCCUUCGGGACCGGAUGCCUACCAGCAGAUUGGAAAUCCGCGAGGAUUACGCUGCUCUACAAGAGGGGAAGCCGGGUCUCAGCGAACAAUUAUCGACCGGUCAGCCUUAUUGCAAUCUGCUGCAAAAUUAUGGAGAAAAUGAUCAAGCAACAACUUAUGCAUUUCCUGGAACAAAACCAUCUCCUAUCGGAUGUUCAGCACGGUUUUCGUAGAGGUUAG